AUGAAGCUCAUUUCUCUUGUCCUUGCCGCUCUUGCUGCCACCACCGUGCAAGCUGGUGCUAUGCAAAGAUGGUGUGUCCUCCCCGGCCAGCCCUGCCAUAAGAUGAAGCGCGCAGCCGAUGUCAGCGAGGAAGUCAAACGUUCGGCCGAUGCCAUGGCUGAGGCCAUGGCAGAUGCCUCUCCCGAAACCAUGCAGAAGUGGUGUGUUUUGCCAGGUCAACCAUGCAACAAAAUCAAGCGCGCUGCCGAAGCCGUUAGCGAAGUCAAGCGCUCGGCCGAUGCUCUUGCAGAAGCCAUGGCUGCUAUCGAUGAGGAAUUCGCCGAAUAA